CGAUGGUGCUAACGUGUGAAUUCUGGCACCUUUGCAAUUGCAAUGGGUUGGGAGGAUUAAGUUGCGAUUGAUCUAUCGGUUGGAAUUCCGAUUACCGCAUGCGCAUAAUCCAAUUCCGUUGCAUAUUCCGAAGCACUCUGCGAUGGUAUGUUGAUACUCAUCGUGGUGUGAGCAUGAACACAUUGCGAUAUUAGUUAGCCUCCCAGUAUUGGCACAGGCUUUCUGCUCUGUAAGCUAUGCUCUAGUGCUGGACUCAUUUCCGAUGCCACCUUAGACGACACUCAAGCGUCCGUUUAACUUGCGAUGCCUCAUGAUCUUCUCCGCAAGCAGUGAUGUAAUUUCAAUUCCGAAGCCACUUGUUGGACUCUAACUUGAGAUUGUGAAGCUAUAAAGUUGACCGAAUUCCUCUUCGUUGGAGCUGGUUUGUCACUCGAGUCUCUCUUUCAUCCCACAAGCCAAUGCUCCCCCAAUCAGUGAUUUAUUCUUUGGCUUUGGCUCUUUUCGCCAACUACGCCAAUGCUGCCCCUGCACCUGAUGCUCAACAAGUUCUUUUGAACUGCGAGCUUGAGAAUGCUGCUGACAUCAAGUCUUCUGUGGAUAAGACUGGUAUGUCCUUCUUGGAUAGCUACUUCGGUCCGAUUUUGGACGGUUACACUGCCGAGAAGGUCACUACCUAUGGCUCUGAAUCAAAGAAGGCUCCAGCUGAGAUCACUGAUCCUGUCUCUUUGAUGCUGGUUAGAGAUGAGUACCACUACCCGGAUCCAGAUGACCUGAGAGAUCUUAAUGGCUCUGCUGUCUUGUACCGUGGUGGUGAGUUUGCUGGUUUGAACUCCUUUGCUCACUUGCCAAUUGGUAACUGUUACGAUCCUUCCAAGUUCGGUGAGGAGACAUUCGACAUUGCAGUUGUCGGCUCUCCAUUCGACUCUGGUGUCUCCUACAGACCAGGUACCCGUUUCGGGCCAAGAGGUAUUCGUACUGCCUCUCAAAGACUGGCUGGCCAUACUUUCUCUGUCUACGAUGGUAUUGACCCUUACGGAAGUUGGGCCAAGAUUGUUGACUGUAUGGACCCACCAAUCACUCCAUUGGACAACAGAAUUGCCCUUGAUCAAAUGUACAGAACUCAGCGUGCCAUUGCUAAGCAUGGAACCACUGAGAAGAACAAAUACAAGGUUCCGAAGGUGUUCACCUUGGGUGGUGACCACACCAUCACUUUGCCUUCCUUGAGAGCUGCUUUCGAGAACUGGGGUCAAAUCGCCGUCAUUCACAUUGAUUCUCAUUUGGAUACCUGGGAUCCACGUUUCUUCGGUGGUAACGUCACUGAGUACCAAUCCAUCAAUCACGGUACUUACCUUCACUGGGCCCAUGAGAAGGGUUUGUUAGCUCCUGAUGCAUGUAUCCAUGCUGCCAUUAGAGGUCCAUACCCAGGUAAGAAGGAUGUUGAGCAUGACAUCAAGUGCGGGUUUGAUAGAAUCCUUGCUCGUGAUAUUGAUUUGAUUGGUGCGCAAGCCAUCAUCAGAAAGAUCAGAGAAAGAGUUGGUGACUGGCCAGUAUACAUCACUGUUGAUGUUGACUCCAUGGACCCAGCAUUUGCUCCUGCCUCUGGUACUGUCGAGCCAGGUGGAUGGACUUCAAGAGAAUUGCUGACUGUUCUUGACGGUUUGAAGGGUCUUAAGGUUAUUGGUGGUGAUGUUGUUGAGGUCUCUCCUCCAUACGACACCAACGCUGAGUUGACAUCCCUUGCUGCUGCUCAAGUUGCAGACUCUAUCAUUGCCCUGAUGAUGAUGGACUCUGAGAAAUGAUCAUGCUUAUGGUAUAGCUCGCUUACACUUACUUCCAUACAUUAUAAUAUGAUGAAUAACUAGGU